GGAGCCAGAGCAGGGUGUGCCUGCAGUCGGACGCGUCUCCGUAUCCGUGUCGUACUUUUACUUCAGGUCCACGGACUACGAGCCGGUGCGUCUCCGCCAGCCCUCACCGCCUCCCCGCCGCGCGUCACCGCCGCUCCGCGGGGAGAGUCCGGGGGUUUCCGUGCGCCGUGGCCGCGAUGACAGGAGCGUUGCUGAGCAACUUUCGGAAGUAAUGCGUGGAUCUCGUGUGUUUUUCCCCUCAGUGUUGUUGUCCCAUCGCAGCGUGGGUGUGCAGCCGUAGACAUGCAGCACGAUGUGGAGCUGCGCGGCUGACGGGCUGCUCCACCACCAGUGCGUCCACCAGUGCGUCCUGGCGCGGCUCUCCAUGGAGGACUGCUGCCGGAGCAGCCGCGCGUCGCACUGCUUUUUACCCUGAGAACCGAGUGACACUUGACCCGAAAUGAGCCGAGAGCUGGACGGGAUCAUCUCGCUGCCGGUGCCGAGCCUCGGGGGGGUGGUGGGGGUCCCCCCCCACGCCGGGGAGCCCGUCCCCGCCGCGGGGACCUUCUGGCAGGACCCGCUGCUCAGCCCCAGCCCCGGGGCCGGCCCCGGCCCCGCGGACGCCGGCCGGCCGGCCAGGACCAGGCCCGUCACCGUGGCGUACGUGGUGAACGGCGAGGCGAGCCAGCAGAGCCACGCCGAGAACAUGGCUCUGCAGUGUCUGCGGGACGCCUGCGACGCCGUGGGCAGCAAGCUGGACACCGUCAACUUCGGCAGGCUGGACUUCGGGGAGACCACGGUGCUGGACCGCUUCUACAACGCAGACAUCGCUGUGGUGGAGAUGACUGACGCCUUCCGCCAGCCCUCGCUCUUCUACCACCUGGGAGUCAGAGAGAGCUUCAGCAUGGCCAACAACAUCAUCCUGUACUGUGACACUAACUCGGACUCCCUCCAGUCCCUUCAGGAGAUCAUUUGCCAGAAGAACACUACUUGCACAGCGAAUUACACCUUCAUCCCGUACAUGGUCACCCCCCACAACAAGGUGUACAGCUGCGAGAGCAGUCUGAUGAAGGGCCUGACGGAGCUGAUGCAGCCCAGCUUUGAGAUGCUGCUCGGGCCCAUCUGCAUGCUGCUGCUGGACCGCUUCAUCCAGCUGCUCAGAGUGUCCCAGGCCAACUCCCACCAAUAUUUCCGUGAGACGAUUCUGAACGAGAUCCGUAAAGCUCGGGAGCUUUACACCGGCACAGAGCUGGCCGCCGAGCUGAGCCGGAUACAGCAGCGGCUGGACAACGUGGAGUGCCUUUCAGUUGACGUGGUGAUCAACCUGCUGCUGACGUACAGGGACAUCCAGGAUUUUGAGUCCAUCGUGAAGCUGGUCGAGACCCUGGAGAAGCUUCCGACCUUUGACCCCAUGGCUCAUCCACACGUGAAGUUCCACUAUGCCUUCGCUCUGAACCGGAGGAACCUGCCUGGUGACCGACAGAAAGCCCUGGACAUAAUGCUGCCCCUGGUGGAGGGGGAGAAGCAGGUGGCGUCGGACAUCUACUGCCUGGUGGGACGCAUCUACAAGGACGUGUUCCUGGAGACACACUUCAGUGACACGCAGAGCCGAGACAGCAGCACACACUGGUUUAAAAAGGGUUUUGAGUCAGAACCAACAUUACACUCCGGGAUCAACUACGCUGUUUUACUUCUGGCAGCCGGACACCAAUUUGACACGUCCUUCGAGCUGCGCAAAGUGGGAGUUAAGCUGAGCAGCCUGCUGGGUAAAAAGGGCAGCCUGGACAAGCUGCAGAGCUACUGGGAUGUGGGCUUCUUCCUGGGCGCCAGCAUACUGGCCUCCGACAACACCAGGGUCACCCUGGCUUCAGAGAAACUCUUCAAGCUCAAAGCCCCCAUCUGGUAUCUGCGCUCAGUCGUGGACAUCAUCAUGAUCUACCAGCACUUUAAGAAGCCCAGCUCGGAGCCUCCGGCCCCCAAACAGGAGCUGGUCGACUUUUGGAUGGACUUCCUGAUGGAGGCCACCAAAAAAGACGUCUCCUCCGUCCGCUUUCCCGUGUUGAUACUGGAGCCUACGAAAGUCUACCAGGCUUCGUAUUUGUCCAUCAACAAAGACGUGGACGACAACAUUGUGUCUAUCUGGCACGUGGCUCCUGAUGACAAGAACAAGGGGAUGCAUGAGUGGAACUUCACCGCCACGUCGGUUCGAGGGGUCAGCAUCUCCAAGUUUGACGAGCGCAGUGCCUUUCUCUACGUCCUCCACAAUGCAGAGGACUUCCAGAUCUAUUUCUGCACCGAGAUGCACUGUAAAAGGUUCUGUGAUCUGGUCAACAGUAUAACGGAGGAGGCGUGGAAAGGGCCGGAGGAGGGAGACUGUGACACCGACGGCUUAGAGUACGACUAUGAGUACGAUGAGCAUGGAGAGAGGGUGAUUCUGGGGAAAGGCACGUUCGGAGUGGUGUACGCAGGACGAGACCUCAGCAACCAGGUCCGACUGGCCAUCAAAGAAAUACCAGAGAGAGACAGCAGGUACUCUCAGCCGCUCCACGAGGAGAUCGCUCUCCACAAGCAUCUAAAGCACAAGAACAUCGUCCAGUACCUGGGCUCCAUCAGCGAAAACGGCUUCAUAAAGAUCUUCAUGGAGCAGGUGCCUGGAGGGAGUCUGUCUGCGCUGCUGAGGUCCAAGUGGGGACCUCUGAAAAACAACGAGUCCACCAUCGGCUUCUACACGCGGCAGAUCCUGGAGGGGCUGAAAUACCUGCACGACAACCAGAUAGCACACAGAGACAUCAAGGGCGACAAUGUCCUCAUCAACACCUACAGCGGCGUCUUGAAGAUAUCAGAUUUUGGCACGUCCAAAAGGCUGGCUGGAAUCAAUCCCUGCACGGAAACGUUCACAGGAACAUUGCAAUACAUGGCUCCUGAAAUUAUAGACAAGGGUCCUCGAGGAUACGGCAAACCCGCUGACAUCUGGUCCCUGGGCUGCACCAUUAUAGAAAUGGCAACUGGUAAACCACCUUUCUAUGAACUGGGAGAACCCCAAGCUGCCAUGUUCAAGGUGGGUAUGUUUAAGAUCCAUCCAGAGAUCCCAGAGUCCAUGUCUCUUGAAGCCAAGGCCUUCAUCCUGCGCUGCUUUGAGCCCGACCCCGACCGGCGGGCCACGGCCCUGGACCUGCUCACGGACGAGUUCCUCACCGUCACCAGCCGCAAGAAGAAGAGCAAGAACAGCUUAACAGCUCUGUCCCCAGGGACAGCAGAGUACCUCCGCAGCAUCUCCCUGCCUGUGCCGGUGGUGGUGGAGGACACCAGCAGCAGCAGCGAGUACGGCUCCGUCUCCCCUGACAACGACCUCAACAUCAACCCCUUCAUCUUCAAGCCCAGCGUCAAGUGCUACAGCGAGAAGGAUGUCAAGGGGCCGCGCUCCCUCUUCCUCAGCAUUCCAGUGGAAAACUUUGAGGACCACAGUGCCCCUCCAUCUCCUGAUGAGAAGGAUUCCGGCUUUUUCAUGCUUCGGAAGGACAGCGAGAGGCGAGCGACCCUGCACCACAUCCUGACGGAGGACCAGGACAAGGUGGUAGCCAAUCUGAAGGAGGCUCUCACACAGGGCUCUGAGGAAAUGAAGCUGAAAGCUCAGCACAUCUCCACCCUCGUAGUGAGUCUGGCCGACUUUGUUCGCAUGGCCGACAGGAAGAUCAUUGCCAACACCCUGUCUCAACUCAAGCUGGAGCUGGACUUUGACAGCACCGCCAUCAGUCAGCUGCAGGUCGUGCUGUUCAGCUUCCAGGAUGCUGUGAACAAAGUCCUGCGAAACCACAACAUCAAGCCUCACUGGAUGUUCGCUCUGGACAACAUCAUCCGUAAAGCCGUGCAGACGGCCAUCACCAUCCUGGUGCCAGAGCUCAGGCCUCACUUCAGCCUGGCCUCGGAGAGCGACCCGGCCGAUCAGGAGGAUGUUGACGACGACGCGGAGCCGCCCCGAAACAGCACCCACCAGAGUCGGACGCCCGCCGUGGCCACUCACGAUGACACGGUGGCCACGUCGGGAGUCAGCACGCUCAGCUCCACCGUCUCCCACGAAUCCCAUAACCCACAGCGCUCGGUGAGCAUGGAGCUGGGCAGGAUGAAGCUGGAGACCAACAGGCUGCUGGAGGAGCUGCUGGAGAAGGAGAGAGAGUAUCAAACCAUCCUGCAACAAGUGCUGGACGAGAGAGAAGAAGAGAUCAGAUUACUGAGGCUACGAUCCGAGCCCGCAGAAGAGACUCUCAAGUCUUCAGACAGCCUGCAGGAACAGAGGAGCCAGCCUGCAGAGAGACACGAAGACCCCGAGCUGACCAGCUGGCUGAGGCUUUACGGUGCCGACCAGGACGCCAUAGACAGGAUACUGAAUGAGGAGUAUACGUUGAACAACAUUCUCCAUGAUGUAACAAGAGAUGAUCUGAAGUGUCUGAGACUGAGAGGUGGGGUCUUGUGUAAACUAUGGAAGGCCAUCACAGACUACAGGCAGAAGCCAGCCUGAGGCCUUAAGUGGAAAAAUAAAUAAAACCACUCGAAGAAGCCAACGACAUCUUCUUUACCUCAGUAUUUAUAGGAACAAGACUUUUAGGAGAACCUGUGUUCACUGUGAGCACAGGGCAGUUUCCCAACCGCAUAAGAAUCUUCUGGAGUGCUUUUUCAUUUUAAAACGAUGACUUUGGAUUUUAGGUCAUUUUGAAAGCCAGAAUUACUACGAAGUGCCACCAGUUUUGUUAUGCCUGAUGGAUAUGUUAAAGAGAGGUGUAAAAUCACAUUUGAUGUGAUCAGAUUUAUUAUUUAAAAAACUAUCACAAAUGGGGAAAAAUAAAGUUUAAUGUCUUUACAAGAUGUAAAUGUUUACAAACCUGGAGACUGAGUUUUCUAAUACGCCUGAGAUACAAACAGACUACAUCCAACAUCAUCUGAACUAAUACUUUUAGCAUAAAAUCUUAUCACUACAUAUUUAAAUGUAUUUUAAUGUUGAUGUUAUUGUAUUCUGAAGGAUGUCAGUGCAUGCCCUUUUUUCAUCCAAACUGGGACUUAUUUAAAUUUUGAUGGGUUUUUGUUUUCCCCACAUUUCCUUUUACGCUGUGAAUCAGCUAUUUUAUUUCUAAGAAUAUUUUUAUGUAAAUAUUGUGUUAUAAAAGUUGAUGUGAAUGAAAUGUGUACUUUAUAGAGGACAUUGCUAAGCACAGAUAAAUUAUCACGUGGAUUGGACCAACUCUAUAUUGAACAUGUGAAAAAGGAAUCACUGUAUUUUCCAAUGUUCCCAAAUCAGAGGAAAUUAUAUUCAGUUGGUAAUUAAUAUUGCAGCAAGAGAUCAUUUGUUUUAUUUUUGAAUCUUAAUUGUGAUCAUUCAGUCAGAUGUAUGUUAUAGUGAAAAAUGCAGAUAAAAGUCACCUUGAUGAGCCUUUUUUUUUAAACAACAUAUUGUCAAAAAUGGGGUAUGUAAUCAUGAGCAGUGUGUCCGUUUUGUUUCAUAUCUAAAAUGAUUGAAGAUUUUUGUGUAAUGUUAAAUAAAUAAAUAUUUUCAUCUUCAAA